AUGGCUACUACUGCAACACUAAAAGUUGAUGUUAUUGCAAGAGAAACCAUCAAACCUUCUUCUCCCACUCCCACCAAUCUCAAAACCUUCAAGUUUUCGCUUCUCGAUCAAAUCACGCCGACCUUGUAUUUGCCAUUGCUUCUCUUCUACCCUACAAAAGGAGAAGAAGAAGAGAAGCAGUUGCAUAGAAUCCAGCUUCUUAAGUCAUCUUUGUCAAAAAUUCUACGCAAGUACUACCCUUUCGCUGGAAGAAUCAAAGACCAUAACUCGAUUGAUUGUAACGACGAGGGAGUUAUGUUUGUCGAGGCUCGGACAAAUUAUAAUUUGUCCAAUCUGCUGCAACAACCUGAUCUGAACCAGCUGAAGCAGUUACUUCCUAUUGAGUCCAUAUAUGAAUCCUCAUCAGGUAAUUUACUUCUUGUUCAAGUUACCUUCUUGAAAUGCGGUGGCAUGGCGAUCGCGGUGUGCCUUUCGCACAAGCUUGCCGAUGCAACCACAUUAAGUACAUUCACCAAGAAUUGGGCUUCUGCUGGUGAGGUAGUUGAUCCGGAACUAUUUGUUGGAAGCACUCUCUUUCCGCCUGUCGACCACGCGCCGCCUUCUGUUGAAAUAUUUCCAAGUGAGUGCUUGUACAGAAGAUUAAUUUUCGACGCCUCGAAAAUCACAACACUUAAGGCUGAAGCUGCUAGCACUGUUGUGCAACAACCUACGCGGGUAGAAGCCAUAACGGCCCUACUUCUGAAGUGUGCGAUGAGCGCAACGAGAUCAACCAAAGGGUCUUCGAGGCCAUCGUUGUGUAUCCAUGCCGCGAAUAUCAGGAAAAGAUAUUCACCACCAGUGUCAGAAUAUGCGAUUGGAAAUCUCAUAAGACCAAUCAUCACCCAAAUAGGUAACUCGGAGAUUGAAUUACAGAGCUUGGUAUGUCUACUAAGAGAAAAAAUAAAAGAAUUUAGCGUAACAGGGGAGGCGGAAAAAGUACUGGGGAGCGUCAACGAGGCAAAGCCGAGUUUCGGAGAAACGAACAUGGUGGACACUUAUGGUUUCAGUAGUUGGUGUCGGAUGCCAUUGUACGCAGCAGAUUUCGGGUGGGGAAAGCCGAUAUGGGUUGCACUUACUAACUCGUCUAUCCCUAAUGUUUUCAUACUGGUGGAUACCAGAGAUGGUGAUGGAAUUGAGGCUUGGGUUUACCUUAAUGAAGAAGAGAUGGCUGCAUUUGAAAGUGACCAAGAGCUGCUAAGGUUUGCUUCAGUGAACCCUAGUGUCAUCUUUUAG